AUGAGGGAUAUGGAGGAAAACGGGGCAGAAGAUUGGAAGGAGCUUGUGAAGAAGAUGCUACCUCCUGGAGCUGCAGUACCUGAAGAAAGUGAUGAACUUGAUUACUCAAUUGCUAUGGAAUACAUGGGUCCUAAUGUUCCUUAUCAGGUUCCAAGGGUUGAACCAUUAGAAGUAAAUUCCCGUUCUAUCCCUACAGCAUCUGUAGCCGAAUCAUUUUCAGAUUCAAGAAGAUCCAUCACUCGUGAAGCCCCCCCUGUAAUCGAGCCUAUACCUUUGCCAGUUUCUUAUAUUGCACAUGUGACAGAUUCCCCAAAUCAAAGUCCAAGAUUAUCAAGGAGUUCUGAAUCUGUAGUUUCCGUUUUGCAUAAUGGUGAUUCAUUUUCAGCUUCCCCUUCAGGGUCUCCUAGUUCUUCUCAAAACCUACAAAUUGAUGCUAAUGGAAACGAAGUGAGACGAGGUCGAGCUCCUGUAGUCACUUUCAACACAAUCGAUAGAUCCGAGAGGAAAGACGUGGGGCCCGGAUACCCCGAAUACGUUGCAGUUUCUAAAGAAAAGAAGAAGAAAAAGACAACAAAAAGACGAGUUUGUUACCGAUGUGGGAAAGGGAAGUGGGAAACGAAAGAAUCUUGUUUGGUUUGUGAUGCAAAAUAUUGUAGUAAUUGUGUUCUUAGAGCAAUGGGAUCGAUGCCCGAGGGUAGAAAGUGUGUUACUUGUAUUGGUGAAGCGAUUGAUGAGUCAAAACGUCUUACUUUAGGGAAGAAUUCGAGGUUGUUAUCUCGGUUGCUUAGUCCUUUGGAAGUGAAACAGAUUAUGAAAGCAGAAAAAGAAUGUUCUGCUAAUCAGCUAAGACCCGAGCAAUUAAUUGUUAAUGGGUAUCCACUUAAACCUGAAGAAAUGGCUGAACUUUUGGGAUGCCCAUUGCCUCCACGAAAGUUAAAACCUGGAAUGUAUUGGUAUGACAAAGAAUCCGGUCUUUGGGGAAAGGAGGGAGAUAAACCCGAUAGAGUUGUGAGUUCAAACUUGAAUUUCACUGGGAAACUUAGUCCGACUGCAAGCAAUGGAAACACAGAAGUUUACAUGAAUGGAAGAGAAAUUACAAAACUUGAGCUCAAAGUGCUGAAGAUGGCAAGUGUGCAAUGUCCUCGAGACACGCAUUUCUGGGUUUAUGAUGAUGGGCGUUAUGAGGAAGAAGGUCAGAAUAAUAUCAAGGGAAAUAUUUGGGAAAAGGCUUCAACACGGUUUCUUUGUACGUUGUUCUCGUUGCCUGUGCCACAAGGUCAGCCACAAAGAGAGAGGGAUGAAGCCAGCAAUUACACAACGGUUCCAAAUUACUUUGAGCCCAAAAAGAUUCAAAAGCUUUUAUUACUUGGACUCGAGGGUUCUGGAACAAGCACCAUCUUUAAGCAGGCAAAAUUCUUAUAUGGGAACAGAUUUAGUGAUGAAGAGCUGCAAAAUAUCAAGCUGAUGAUCCAGAGCAACAUGUAUAGAUACCUGAGCAUUCUACUUGAUGGACGUGAGCGCUUUGAGGAAGAAGCAAUCAUGAUGAAGAAAAACUCCCUCUCCAUAGAAUCACAUGAUCAGUCCACCGAAACAGGUAAUGAGGAAGAAGCAAGCCACUGUAUCUACUCUCUUAACCCAAGAUUGAAACAUUUUUCGGAUUGGCUCCUUGACAUCAUUGCGACUGGAGAUUUGGAUGCAUUUUUCCCUGCAGCAACACGCGAGUAUGCCCCACUAGUCGAAGAGGUCUGGAAGGAUCCAGCCAUCCAGGAAACAUACAAGAGGAGAAAUGAACUACACUUCCUUCCUGAUGUUGCAGACUACUUCUUAAGUCGGGCGGUUGAGGUAUCUAGCAACGAAUAUGAACCUUCAGAGCAUGACAUACUGUAUGCUGAAGGUGUGACUCAAGGAAAUGGCUUGGCUUUUAUAGAAUUCUCCCUUGAUGAUCGUAGCCCCAUGUCGGAGACAUAUACCGAUAAUCUUGAUGCCCAAUCCCAACCUCUUACCAGAUAUCAACUGAUCAGAGUAAAUGCUAAGGGAAUGAACGAAGGGUGUCGAUGGGUGGAAAUGUUUGAGGAUGUGCGUGUAGUCGUGUUUUGUGUUGCCCUAAGCGACUAUGAUCAAAUGUGGCUGUCACCCGACAACACAGGAAGCGGGUCCCUACUUCAAAACAAAAUGGUUCAAAGCAAGGAACUUUUUGAGGCGAUGGUGAAACACCCUUGUUUUAAAGACACUCCUUUUGUCUUGAUUCUAAAUAAAUACGAUCUUUUUGAGGAGAAGCUUAAGCAUACCCCGUUAAGUGCGUGUGAGUGGUUCACUGAUUUCAGCCCGGUUCGACCCUACACCAACAAUCAAAACCUGGCCCAUCAAGCUUACUAUUAUGUGGCGAUGAGAUUUAAGGAUUUGUAUGCAUCUUUGACUACAAGAAAGCUGUUUGUUUGGCAAGCGCGGGCCCGAGACAGGGUGACGGUUGAUGAGGCGUUUAAGUACAUACGGGAGAUUGUGAAAUGGGAUGAUGAGAAGGAAGAGACGUAUUAUGGUGGGGCCGAGGACUCGUUUUAUAGUACUACUGAUGUCAGCUCACCACCUUUUGUCAGGCAAGAGUAGAAAGAAGAGUGGAAAUUGAAGUAUGUUUUGUUUUUAAUUUAUAUGUUUGUUGUUUGUUGUUUGUAGAUAAGAAUAUGGUUGGUGAAUAAUAAGAAGUUGUUUUAUUUGGAUUUUUACAAGUUAGCAGUUGGGAGGGACUUAAGUAAGUUAUAUGGUUGGGAAACCACCCCGUCCUGUCAUGUUUUGUUUUUGUCCUGUAAGUUGAUAUGCGAAGGGUUGUUAAGAUCCGAUUUUCAAAUGUAAACCAAGUCCAU